CUGCAGCAGUAUCGUGCAGAUGGCGAUACGCACACGCGUGUAAGGACUCAGCGGUAGGAGGACCUCCUCUCCACCAAAAACCGUUCGGUUUUAAUUCCGUUCACACAGCGAGACCCCGACAGAGUCCACCACUGAGAUUCACACACCCUGUACCAUUACGGAUUUAUUGCUUUUAAGAGUCUGUUUUCAACUGUUUUCAAAUGCGGUGAAACUCGAGUGAGGCAAAUAUCCUGCAUGGAGGACGAGAGGGAGGAAAUAAACACGGGAAGGAACAGGAUGAGUAAAAAGAGAGAAUAAAGGAGUAGGUUCAGUGUGUGUGGAUGAGGCUGUGAGAGAGUGAGUGAUUCAGGAUGACAAUGAAAGGCUUGUCCUCCAGUCGCAGUCACCACAACACACUCACACACUGCGACCCCUCCUUCGACUCUUUGACCCUUCGUAACGACCGACACCCCUAUGUCCUCAAUCCUGCCCGUUUGAAUGACCACGCCUACUAUGGAUGCCAGUCGGACCAGGCCAGCAGCACAUUUCCACGGAGACAUCACAGCUCACAUCAUGAGGUGAAGGACGAAUGCGCCAUAGUGCCCUAUGUAGGACCAGGGGGCAUUGCUGGGGGAAGUGGUUGUGGCCUGUCUGGCAUCCCCCCACCCCUGGUGGAGCAGUUUGACCACCAGCAACCAGUGCGAAAGGAUGGCUAUCACACCUUGCAAUACAAACGGACAGCAGCCCUGGAGCACCAGCGCAGUGACAGUCCUGGGCGAAUACGGCAUCUAGUACAUUCCGUCCAAAAACUGUUCACCAAGUCCCACUCCCUGGAAGGUCCCAGCCAACGUAGCCUCAACGGCAAUGAUCCCGCCAUCCCAGCCGAUGCUAUGGCUACUGCCGCCUCCCACCCUAAUGUCUCCACAAUGACUGUAGGCACCUUGCACAAGACGUCAAGCAACAAACGAGGGAAGAGCAAGGAAAGGAGUCGCUCUGAGUCCAAACCCCGUGCUCACUCACCCGGCUCGGGUUACUGGAGCUCUGAUGACACCUUGGACCGGGAAAUUUGCCUGUACCACCAGCACCAACCCUCUGGAGUCAUGACCAUGGGGCGGCAUCCAGACAAAUCUCAGUCCCACUACUUCCUGGGUAAGAAUUACAACACACUAGGAGGGGGACGUUCCUCUCUAAAGACAUCACGCAGCAACAACGAUGUUGGAAACUGCACCACAUGCUCCAAUAUCACAGGAGGCACGCUGGCUAUCAGAGGUCCAACACCAGUAGACCAGCCUGGACCUCAAGUCAAGAAGAGCUCCUGGUCUAGCACGCUGACGGUGAGCAGGGCCCGAGAAGUUUACCAAAAUGCCACGGUCAAUAUUGAUAAAGCCCUAAUCAAAGCACAGACCUGCCAGCAGGGACGAACCUACCAGUUUUUACAGGUUCCUCAGGAUGAGUGGAGUGGGCUCUCAUCCUUGAGUCAGGAUGAUGAGAUCCCAUGCAGAAGGAUGCGGACUGGCAGCUACGUAAAGGCCAUGGCAGAGGAUGACAGCGGAGACUCUGACUGCAGCCCUAAACCCUCUCCCAAAGUCCAGGCACGGAGAGCCAGCUACCUUAAAGCCACCCAACCCUCCCUAACCGAGAUGACCACGCUCAAGAUCAGUACAGAUUCACACUCUCCCAAGCUGCAGAUUCGGAGUCACAGUUACCUACGUGCGGUGAGUGAGGUUUCAAUCAACCGCAGUUUGGACAGUCUGGACCCAGCUGCCCUGCUGGCUUCUCCCAAAUUUCGCUCCCGAAAUGAGAGCUACAUGAGGGCCAUGAGCACCAUCAGUCAGGUGAGCGAGGUGGAAGUGAACGGUCAGAUAGAGGCCGUGUGUGAGAGUGUGUUCAGUGAGAUGGAGUCCAAAGCUGUGGAUGCUCUGGAUCUGCCCGGGUCUGGAUGCUUCCGCAUGAGGAGUCACAGUUAUGUGCGGGCCAUUGAAAAGGGCUGCUCACAGGACGAGGAGGAAGAGGAGAGAACGACACGCCAGGCCAUCUCACCAAAUCGAUCUACAACUACUGUUAGAACCAUUCAGAGCAGCACAGUAUCAUCAUGUAUAACCACCUACAAGAAAACUCCGCCCCCGGUCCCACCCAGGUCAACCCCCACCAGACCAUACAUCUCCAUUACAGCCCAGAGUAGCACAGAAUCAGCCCAGGAUGCCUACAAUGAGCUAACCGGCUCAGUCCCUCCUAUCCGGGCCUUAACAGCUGCCCAGUCUGGCCUCAGCAACUCCACAGAGAGCAUCGAUAGCAUGAAGGCCCUGACGGCAGCCAUUGAGGCAGCAAAUGCUCAAGUCCAUGGCCCAGCCAGCCAACACGUUACAAACAGCACCAUCACCAUCACCACAGCGACCGCCACUGCUAGUGUAACACACAUCUCACAGGACGCUAAGAGAGAUGCCCUCAGGAAGUGCCUGUCCAUUGGGAUACAGGUGGACGGUCCUGAGGAAACUGGCCAAUCAAAUGUGCAUUGCAAGUUUCAGUCGGUGGGCAUUCAAGUAGAGGACGAAAGAUGCUAUCACAGAGUCACACGUUCCAACAGCGUCACCACUGCCGUUCAAGCUGAUCUUGACCUUUUGGAGGGUCUUGGGGACGACCAGUUUGCACAGACAUACCAGGACCCCAUCACCCGCCAGCCGUCCCAAGAUGCAGCCACCUCCACCGUCAGCAUCCAGGGCAUUGGAAACCAUUACCACGCCUGUACCCAGGAUGAUUACUCUGAAGUGGGCUUUGACCCCUCCAUCCUACCCCCACCAGUGGCCUGGAUGGAUGGAGUAAUGGAGGAGGAGUAUGAGGGAGGAGUGACAGUGUCUGUGUGUCCGCAGGAUGGACGCUGGUUUCUGAAGCUGCUGCAGGCAGAGAUAGAGAGGAUGGUGGGGUGGUGCCAACAGAUGGAGCAAGAUGAGCGAGAGAAUGAGCUGCCCGAAGAGAUCCUUGGCAAGAUUCGUAGUGCAGUGGGCAGCGCACAGCUGCUGAUGUCACAGAAAUUCCAGCAGUUCCGGGAGCUCUGUGAAGAAAACUUGAAUCCCAACGCCCACCUGCGGCCUGCGUCUCAGGAUCUGGCAGGAUUCUGGGAUAUGCUGCAGCUGUCUAUUGAGAACAUCAGCCUGAAGUUUGAUGAGCUGCAUCAGCUGAAAGCUAACAACUGGAGAGCUCUGGAUCCUCCUGAGAGGAAGGAGAGGCCUGUGCCCCCUCCAGUACCCAGAAAGCCGGGGAAGGGUCCCGCCCUGCUAGUGCGAGACCGAUCUCUGGAGGGCUCACAGCGGUUGGAGGCACGAAAGCGGCUUCAAGCUGCUAAACGCGCGGCUGCCUCCCAGCGCCAGAGUUCUGUCACAGAAUGUGCAGACAGCAUCGAGAUAUACAUCCCAGAAGCUCAGACACGAUUAUAAACACUCUCUCACACUGAAAAUCCUGAAAAGAGGUGCUUACAGGCCUAAAUAGACACUGAAUGAUAAUGACAAGGCAGGGUAGCUGUUACAUAAUCAAUCCUUUUUUUCUGUAAAAGAAACUGUAUGCAUUUAGGACUUAAAGAAAUUGUUCACCCUGAAAUUAACAUUCUGUCAAUAUAAACUCACACUCAUGUCAUUCUCAACUCAUUUGACUUUCUUCUGUGGAACACAAAAUGUUUUAUAUUUGAAGAAUCUUCACACAGGCAUUUUCCAUGUCAUGACAGUUCUUAGUGACCAUGACUGACAACUUGUACUCUAUGUUAAUAUAUAUAUAAUAUGAUAUAGUCUUCUGAAACUAUACAAUAGCUUUGUAUGUCUCCAAUUUGUGAACAAACCAGUCUGAUUCUUCAAUGAAUCAGUGAGGCUUUCAAGUUAACAGCUCAUUGGUGUGGAAGAUUCUCAGUGAAUAAUGAUAAAAAUGUUGUUCUCUCUUCAUCACACAAAGUUAUCAUAUCGCUUUAGAAGACUAGGGAUAUAGUGCACGUGUCAUAUGGACUACUUGUACGGUGCUUUUUUGGUGUUUAUUUCAAAUGUUUGAGUUUAAUGGACGUGUCUUAGUUUCAAAAACACUGCGUAAAGAUUAUUAAAAAAUGCAAAUUUUCUGUUCCCUGGAAAAAAUAUAAAUGCAGUUCACAAAUAUGAGUAAAUAAUGACAGAACUUUCAUUUGUGGGCAAAAUAUUCCUUUAAUUUUAACGUACUCCUGCCAUCUGCGAUGUAGCUCCCUUGUUAAACUCCUAAAGACUUUUAAAUAUUUCUAUUAGACACUAUACUAUAUUUAAUUGUUAAAAUAACCAAUAAUAUAUAUUUUAACAAUUAAAUAUAUAUAUGGUAUACAGUAUAUAUAUAUAUAUAUAAACACACACACAGUAUACUUGUGCCUACAACGCAACAUAUUGCGUCUGUUGAUACUACUACCCAAAUAAUGCACACUACUGAAUUUCUAUUAAGUAUUACAUUGGUUUAAUAUUGUCAUUUCUAGAUUUUUGCAGUUACUGUGUAAGAGCCAUAUGUAUUGUGUUCUCAUGAAGGACAUAAACUACUAAAAGGGCAACACACCAAUCACUUCUGAAGAGUUUCACAUCAAUGUUUGUGUGUUUGUGUACAGGUUUUGCUAUAUUUGUAUGGGCCAAAUUUUGGAAAGUAUUUUGAUUUAUAUAGUAAAACAUGUCAUUUGAAGUGGUCAUUACUAUUUAGUGUUCAUAAAUUAGCCAAAACAUGUUUUAAUUUAAUCCUGUGGUUUCUGUGAGUUUUAGUUUAUGGGAAGAAGCAAUGGCAUUGCAAGGGGGAGGGUCCAGGGGCUUAAGUCCCUGAUGUAUUGUCCUAAGCCUCUGAGCUUUUUUGAUAAGUUAUAUAAAUUUCACAUCUCAAAUAAAAUAUGUUUUAUGACUUUUCCUUUGUUCGCUUAGUAGUUCGCCUGAUAAAAAGCAGUGGGAGCUGGCCAUGGUAGAUAACCACUUGCGCAUUCAUUCAGUUCACUGCAGAAAUGACUGUCGGCUGGGUUUUAAAGCCCUCACAUUUAUAGCCAGCUGUUGUACAGUACUUGUUCUGGCCAGUAUGUGAGACUGUUGUCACUUGGCAGGUUUCAACAAACAUUCAUUUUUCAGAGAACUGAUGAGCAGUGUUGGGUAAAUUACUUAAAAUAGUAAUCCACAAAUGACUUCUCUUAAUUUGUAAUCAGAUUACUUUACUUAUUACUUCUUUGAAAAGGUAAUCACAUUACUAAUUACUUUAAAAAACUUUUCUGCUCAACAAAUUCAAAAUAGUGUCUGUUUCUUCCUUGUUCAUUGUUCAAGACAUACGCUCAGCACCUCACAUUUCUCCUUCACAUUGACUAGUUAUGGGGCCAUAAUUCAUGUAUUCAACAUACAGUAAAUAAUACAGUAUAUUAGAAAUAAGAAAAACCCUAUAAUGUACUUAAAAGUAAUUAAAUUAAUUGAUUUCAGUAUAUUUGAUUUAAAUUAUUAAUUACAAUAAUUUUAAAUGUAAUGCAUUACAAUACUUUUUACUUUAAAAGUAAUUAUAUUACAGUAAUUCAAUUACAAAGUAAUUAAUUACACCCAACACUGCUGAUGAAGUAAUAUGCACGCAUUGCCAGGUACUAUCCACUGUUCGGUGAAAUUGAGAUCUUAUGUCUAACUUCUAUGCUUAAUAAUUGUUUUUAGUUUACAAUGAGACUUGGUAUUAUUUGGGGAAAAUAAAUUAAUGUUAUUCAGUGAAAUGCAUCAUAAAUAUAUAUAUAAAUAUACAUACAUUGUAUAGGAACAAUCUCCUCAACCCAUGACAGACCAGUAAAUUAAAAGCAGAUUGAUCGAUCUUUUAUUUUUAUAGAUGUGGAUAGUUGUUUUUUAAAGGGCCAGACUUCUUAUAUAUUAAUUUACCUCCAUACCAUACAAAUAAACAUCAAUGUUUUAGUCAGUUCAAGCAAAUUAGUGCUGUGUGCUAAUUAGAAGCACACCCUUACUUUACUUGUGUGAUUUCUUUAAAAUCAAGAAAGAAGGUGAUAACCAAAACAGACAACAAGAAUACUGGGAAUCAUAAAUGUGUUUGGUCAAAAUGCAGUAAAUGCAGAAUGUUGGUUUAGUAUAAAGGAUAAUUUUCUUUUACAUAUUUUAACGUAUUUCAAAACGAAUUACAUGGGUGGGUUCUUUUGGGGCAAAGCCCGUUAUGCCUUCCAACCCUAGCAACGCACCUGGGUAGAAGUAGAGUUGGGCAUAUAAAUAUAAUUUUCUUCAUCUAAAAACAAUUGUGUUAAUGAGAUGUCCUCACUUAUAUAGCGAAACUAACAUGUGUGUGUGUUUAUGACAGGCUUUCUGUAUGAGUAGUACACUCUCUUACAUGUCACCAUGCACCUUUGAGACAGGGUGAGGUUGUUCUAAGUAUAAGGGACAGAAAUUUCAAAACCACAUCUUCUCCUGUACUCCCAUAUUUUACUUUCUCAUUUCCUGUCUGCUCACUAUCUUUACUCUGCAGUACUGCUCACCUGUUUGAGUGACACAUUUGUCUAUCAAAUGUAACACCUCUACUUGCCCAGUUCAUCUGCUCAACACAUUCAAGUCACUGAGGGAAAUGCCGUAAAAAUGCUCCACUCUCAUAAAUUAGCAAUGUGUCAUGUUAUGGAACAUUACAUACUGUCAGUCAGUAUGUACACUGAGUCCUAACCAGGCAUGAUGCAAUAAAGUGACAAGUGAUAAAAGCGUUCUCUUCCAUGUAAAUCCUAACCAACAAAAACUUGGUUACAAAGCCCCACCCACUGUGAAAUCUCAUUAGUCCUCUUCAACAUAACUGUACAUUGCACAUCAAAUAUUUUCUAAUUGGUUGUGAUUGUGCCACAUAGUGCAACAGUUUUGUAUUCAGUUUAAAGAGACAAAUGUCUUGACUCUGGAAACUUGUCAAAUUGCGCCGGUUUAACUUGACUUUGGAGCACAGGAAACACGCUUAUUUCGAAAAAUGUACACUGUUUAGAGUAUUUUGUAAAUAUUUAAAUGAUAAAUUAUUGGAGAUUCCUUACUGCUCCCUAAUAUAGCUUCUCACUAUAUUUGUCUAUAUGUUUGUAUAAAUAAAAAAAUAGAGUAGUUGCAGUAUUUUUUAAUGCAGUAAGUUUCAGGAGUUGUAGAGAUAUUUACAACCUGAUGAAACAAAAUCCGACCUGAAAACAUCUAUCAUUUCCUUCUCUACCAUUACUCUUCAAAGUAUCAUUUGAAAUAUUAAAGCUGCAAUGUCAUGUCUUCAUAAAUGACAUACACUGACAAAGCAAUUUAUAUAUUCACUGUAUUAUGAUCUCAAGAGUUGGCAUGAUAGUGGCUUUAUCUUUUGCCAAGUCAGUGUGUGUGUGUGUGUGUGUGUGUGUGUGUGUGUGUUAUUUCCUCAUCUAAGUGCAUGUACCCAAGUGCUUCCUAAUUUUCUCUCUUUUUUUUUCAACUGAAAUGUAGCACAUAAUACUUUGUAAUAUAAUAUCAGCUUCUUUUCAUCCCUAAUUUUAAUUUAUAAUAUAUUUAUAUAAUUUAUAAUAUAUACUUUCAGUAACCCUGCAGAGACACCUGCAAGUUGACAUGUGUAUCAAAGCAGAGCACAUACCAUCAGUUUUAUUAUUUUUCUAUUUAAGGAGCCCUAUUUUAACUGUUGCAAUUCAGUGCCACGCACUCUUGUGCUGCUCUUGUGUAAUUGAUUUGUAAACUGCACUGCACUGACAUAUUUCUCAAUAUUUGCUUUUGUCUGAUCGAACCGUCUAAUCUUUUUCAAUAAUAAAUAAUACUAAUUUGCACUUGUUAAAUUUGUUAAAUAACCAGAGCUAUUUCUAUUUGUUUUGGCUAAAGAUGUUUCACUGUGGAUAGACACAUUAAUAUAAAUAUAUUGAUAUUAACUUCCCAGCAGCCAAUGUGCAUCCACUCUCUAUUUUCAUAUAUAGUUCAGAUGCAUUGGCUUUCGUUGUCGUUUCCUUGUAGGAUUUAUAUUAUUGACUAAACUCUUAAAGUUUCAGUUAUUAUGCACUAGAGAGCCCUUCUACUGUGGUUAAUAUUUGUUUUCAAAUAUUAUUGAUGUUAAACGCUCGGCCUUAAUUUAUGAAUAUAUGAUAGUCGUGCACAACGUAGCCUCAGGGGAGACUAUAUAAUGUGUGUAUGAAUGUGUGUGUCUGUGUACCUGUGUAUGUUUGUAAUAUCCACUCAUAUUGAUAUUCAUAUUGAUAUUUCUUUUCACUGUAUCAAUUCAGUGAACAUAGUUUAGUAGUAUGAGACAUUUUAAUAUGCAAAAUAAAAUGACCCACUGAAAAAUGACACUCAUUUUUGACAGUCAUAUAAUAUAAAAUUAAAUAUGGGCAAUCAAUGAUUAACACAAUGUUUUUUUUUUUUUGUAAAAAUCCUGAAUUAAUUUAGCCUACUGAAAUAUAGACUCAUUCAAGUCUAUUGAAAUUUGGCAUUUAGUUUGAUUUAAAUAAUUUUUCAGUCCUAUUUAGUUUUUAAGGGAUGUUUAUAAAACAUUAGAGAGAUAUUUAGUGAGACUAUGGCACUAAACUUUUUGUUUUUGCAUAUUAUUGCCAAAUAUGAGCAUCCACCACAAUGAAGUUUGGGAAAUGAAGGCAGGUUUACUGUUCUUUUACAAGCAAACAUUUAUCAAAAUGACUGUGUAAAUACAUGAAUGUUGUUCAUUGUAAAUGUAACCUACAUCUAAUAUCUUAUUACUUACAUUUUGUAUUUAUUGUAACAACACUGUUGAUGUUAUGGCUCGUGUAUUUUGAUCAUUAAAAAUGUACAGACACACAGCCAUGAGUGAUUCUUUUUCAGAUACAGCAUGAGAGCAAAUCUUCACUUUGUUGUCACGCAUUAGAAGACACUUUCAGGCUAGA